AUGGAGCCGAAGCUUGUCGAGGAGGCCGGCAGCGCCGACGGUGUGGAGGACGAGGCUGCGGCAGCCGCAGAAGAGGAGGAGCUCGCCCGGUGGGCGGCAGCCGCGGGGGAGGCCAGCAGCGCCGGCGCCGAGGCUCCUUUGGUUGAGGAUGUGGCCGACGAGUCGUCGUCGGAGGAGGAGGCUGAGGCCGUCGACCCUUCAGCUCCGGCAAGGGAGCGAGUCCUGCGGCGGGCCAUUCUGGCGAGCCGGUCCGCCCCGCCAAGGCCGCGCGGCAGCCAAAAUCUCUGGAGGAAUCCCUCCUCAGUGAACCCAGAGAACAUGGACGCCAUUAUUGAGGACGUCGCCAAGGCCGCCGAGGUGGACGCCGAGAAGAUUGCCGCCGAGGCGGCCGCCAAGGGCGUUGCUGAGGACGCCGCAGAGGGGCCUGCCGGGGAGGCCGACAAGGCCACCACUGAGGAGGCCGGCAAGGGGCCUGUCGAGGGGUUUGGCAAGGCCGCUGUCGAGGAGGAGGAGGAGGUGGCUGACGACCAGCCUUCUUCCUCUGCUGGUCCCGGCUUCGGCAAGUACCUGAGGAGGCACAGGGAGGCGCUGGAUGCCCAGGCUCUAGUUCACGCCAGCAAGGUGAAGGAGCUGGAGGUGGAGCGGGACAGGCUGAAGGACCAGACCCUGAAGUUGGCUGAGGAGAAGGACACGCUCAAUGCUGCCCUGACGGAGGCGCAAGGCGCCGUCCUUGGCAAGGCCGAGCAGCUCUCCAAGGCUAAUGACUCCGUCAAGGACCUGAAGCUGAAGCUGGAGGCCCUUGAGGGGAUGUUCUCGGGGGCCAAGGCCCGGGAAGGAACCCUGGCCAAGGAGCUGGAGACCGAGAAGCAACUGCGGAAGGUCGAGGCCGCCACCCACAAGGAUUUCGUGGAUGGCCAGAACCGCUGGAUCGGCCGCCUCGAGGACGUCGCCGUUGUUCUCGGGGCUCUGGAGCAGCUCAAGUCUAAUUGGGAGAGCUCCUUGGCCGACGAGUCCCGGCUAAUCUGCCGGGGCGCCAUGACCAAGGUCCUCACCAAGCUGGCUUUCUGGAACCCCGACCUCGACUUCGACGCCGCGCUGGACAGCUUGCCGGGCGAUGCGGACCUCUCUGGGAUCGAGGAGCGCAUCGAGCCCGUCAUCAGCCGCUUCGGCGGAAUCCUGAGGGUGGAGGGCCAGCGCCGGGAAUAG